AAAGAAAACAGAGAAAAGGAAAGGAGGAAAAAAAAAAGGAAAGUGAUAAUGUUUCCACCAGGAUCGCCUGUGUGAAAUGGAAGUCAAGAAUCUCAGAGAGGGAGGACGAGGGGUAGUUAAAGCGGGGAGAGAGGAAGAGGAGAUGAAUGGAGGAGGUGAAGGAAGGAGCGUAGGUGUAGGAGGGGAUGGAGAAGGAGCAUUCCUGACUGCACAGUUACCGAACGGGACGAGAAAGAAGUUGAUCUGAAAUCCAGAUGCCUUAAAGACCAACAGAGGGUCAAACUAAUCCACACACACACACACACACACACACACAUAGAAAGCUCCAUCCUGCUCCUGCUCUGUCUGUUCACAGACCUCAGGACCUCGGUGGCUUUACAAGUCGGCAAACAUCCACAGGACUUAAACACCAACUGGAUACUGUUUUUUUUUUACGCCUGUUUUUCUUGUAAAACUUUGACUUUCCAGCCUGCAGUCAAAAAGUAAAGGACUUGUUUUGGGGUCUAUUUUGUACUCAAGCUGUUUAUUUUGUCCCCCCUUCUGGAGGAAUUUCCAGGUGUAUUAAUGACGUGAGCGGUCAGACAGCCAUCCAGUCAUGGCGCUGUGGUGGUGCGCCAACAUCCUCUGCAGGUUGGCCGCAGCGUGUUUUCCUCUGCUCUUCUCAUCACUGCUGUGGCAAACGAUCUCCCUCGCAAAUGCCAUCCCAUCCUGCCCACAGAGCUGUAGCUGUCCGGGCGUUAAAGAGGUCCACUGUACGUUCAGGCACCUCACCGCCAUACCAAAAACUUUUCCUAAAGACACAGAGAGGCUCAACUUUGGUUAUAACAGCCUGACGGAGGUCGAGGGGUCAGAAUUCAGGUCACUACGGCAACUGGAAAUGCUCAUGUUGCAUGGCAAUGACAUUAGCACAGUCCACCCCGGGGCGUUUUACAGCCUGAGAUCACUACAGAUCUUGAAGUUAAGUUACAACAAGCUAACAUCGGUGAACGCUGGUCUGUUUGAAGGCCUUGUCGGUUUGAUCCGUCUCCAUCUGGACCACAACCUCAUUGAUUUUAUAGAGCCGUACUCCUUCUCAGGCCUGACCUCCCUAAAACUCCUGCAGCUGGAGGGCAACCUUCUCAAAGAAAUACACCCUCAUACUUUCAUAACAGUGUCGCUACUGGGAAGCUUUUGGACCUCUGGACUCAAACACUUACACCUGUCAGACAAUCUGUUGGAGCAGCUCCCUGCCGCAGCACUGAACACAGCUCCCAGGCUUGAGCUCCUCUCUCUGCAUGGUAACCCUUGGACCUGCGACUGUCAACUCAACUGGUUAGUGGAAUGGAGCACCACACAUGAAGGUAUAAUAAAGUGCAAGAAGGAACGUGGUGCCAGUGAGGUUUGCCCCCAGUGCUCCUCUCCUCGACCCCUGAAUGGCACCUCUUUGCUUGGACUGACUCCAGACAAGCUCACCUGUGAACGACCAGCUCUUCGCUCCUCCCUCAAACAGUGGGACAAUCCCGUGUGGGCUGAAUCUGAAGCAGAGCCUGACCUCCCAUACACCCGUGACUUUGAGAAGCCUUUAGGCCACCUAACGAUCGUUCUCUCCGACAGCCAUGGAAACAAUGCUCAUGUGGCAUGUGGCGUGCGACACCCUGGAGAAAGCUCACCCAUGACUUGGAUAGUAAAUCCACUUUCACCUGGGGAGUUGUCUGUCAAUGUAUCACUGGCGACCGUCCUUGAAUGUGAGAUUGAUCGGGAGACGCUGCAAAAUCUGUGGCAAUUGGUUGCAUAUUACUAUGAAAGUCCUGCUAUCUUAGAAAGAGGCCAACAAAAAGGAAAUGCAAGCCGGAUAACCUAUCAAUAUUCCCAAGCUGUAAAUGAAAAUUCCCCAUAUUUCACUGAUUUAAAAGGAUAUUUGGUUGCAGAACCCUCGUGGCUGCUUCAACCCAGAGUCACUUUGAGGCUCAACAGACGGCAGACAACAACCAAGAAGCUGGUGAUGGAUUUCACCACUGUAAUUACCAAGAACAUCAACAGUCACAGAGGGCAGGAAGAUGACAAUGCCAUGUCCUGGGCUCUAAUUCGCAGAGGAACAUCAGGGCGGAUCCAGACCGCACUUGAUGGUACAAAGGUUCAUUUGGAGUGCAUUGUUGUGACUUCAGAUCCAGAUGUGAAAGUGGAGUGGAUGCUUCCAGAUUUGUCUAUCGUGGAAGAUGCAACUGAAAAAAUUGAAAUUUCUGAAAGAGGGGAACUUGUGAUUUUAAAUGCCACACUGUCCGACUCGGGCCUUUACCAUUGUAUGGUCAGAACCAAAGCCGGUGUGGACUUGAUGCCUUUGAGGCUCACCAUAAAAGAACACACACUCAGCCCCACUGCUUUAAAUGGUCAGAAAAUUGUAGUUGAAAAGGGACAUUCAUUUUCUCUCCCAUGUGAGGUGACCUCAGUCCAGCCAAGUCAAACUAUGUGGUACCUACCUAAAAACCAGAUUCUUCUCCCCACACAACAGACAAGACGAGCAGAAAUGAUGGAAAAUGGUACUUUGGUGGUAAGGAGGUUAACACAAGAAGAUGCAGGAGAAUACAGCUGCUUGGCUUCAAAUCUGUACGGAGUUGACAUGCUAUCGCACAUGGUGACAGUCACAGGAGAAAAGGCCUCUGAAAGGUCGAAAGUACAGACUGAGCGAGGUCAGCAGUUGUUGUCAGUUGGUGUAGAGGAUGGAGAAGGUUCAGGGGGAGAUUACCAGGAAAUUAAACGCCCUUUUGCAACACAGUUCCCGAAGAAAGUAGGAACACAGCAAAGGAAUCCUAAUGAGUUUUCUAAAAGGAUAAGAAUCAAAGAUCCAAAGAGAAAACCCAAUAAAUCUGUUAAGGAGUUAGAUCCAAAUCGUUGGGCAGAGAUAUUGGCUAAAGCUAACGCAAAACCAAGUGUUACUUUGCCCACGGAGGUGUCACUACCGGAGCCCAGCACUUUAACUGUCCAAACAAGUACAUUCAAACCUACUACUACAACUGCCACUACAAUUGCUGCUACUCCUUCACCCCCUACUGAUACCCCUUCUGAUAUUCGGAUGUACCCAACAAAAAAGACCUCUUCCACAGUGAAGAUAUCAAAUAACAGAAAAGCUGAAACAUCUGAAAGUCAGCCACAGGUUUUACAAACUCCACCUCCGAGAAGUACAGAACCAACCCCACGACAUGUUGGUGGGAUCGCAGAAAAAGCAGAAGCUGUCACAGACACUCCUGCUGUUAGGACUCCUCAGCCAGUCGAUCAUUUAGAAAAUAAGCACUCUGGAGAGGGGAGGAGAAACUACAACCUCAUUCCUGGUCAAUCAAACAGGAGACGGCCUCCUUAUAGACGUAGAAAACCCCCAAUGAGAAGAGUCCGUCCGCCUGUACACCCUAAGCCACAAACAACUGUUCCCCCAACAAAAACUACACCAAUGACAACGACCACACCUACAACUACUACCACUACUACUACCACCACUACUACUACCACUACUACUACUACAACACCUGUUCCAACCACAGUAGAAAACUAUGAAACAUUAUCUGCUGAGUAUGAGCCAGAAGAAGAUGAAAGCGAAUACAGUGAAGAAUAUAAUUACAAGGAUAGUGAUACUUUGGAUGCCAAGGAAGAUUUAAAUAGUAAAACUUCUCAUACCACUAAUGAUCUUGACAGUGUUCAUACCACAUUCCCAUCAACUAGAGAAAAAGAUACCCAUGUAGGUACAUCUUCAGGUAGACAUAAUUUAGCAGAUCCAAAGACAGUUGUUACCCCAAAGUUAGAUAGUACCCCUCAUCCAACUGAAAAGAGUGUGGCAGACACUGAUACUGGAAAGAAAUCUGAGAAAGAGAGGGUCGAGAUCAGAACACAAACUGAAGAAAAGAGCAGAGAUGAUAAAAAGCUUGCAGGAGAGAGUGAGAGGGAGGUUAUACCAGCAAUGAAAGAAAAAAUAGACACAGAAGCCAAUAAGAAAGACACAGAUAAAUCUAAAGAGGUUACACAGAGCAACAUUUCCCCAGAUAGUGUCCGAUUAACGACACAAAAUAGACCAAGACCUGACACCCGACCAUCACUAGCACAAAAUACACCAACCCACACAAGAAUUUCAACUUCCCGGGUCAUUAUGUCAAAUUCAACAAGGGGCAGAACAAGACAAGAAGUCACACAUAAAGAGGAUAAGGAGGCAAGCAAGCCAAAAGCAAUGCCUGAGAUUUACAGUUUCCCAGUGAUGGAACCACUUCACCCCUGGCUUCAUCAGAACAAACAGGGAGGAGGGCAAAGCACCAAUUCGAGGAUUACUCACACAAACCGAGACAGAAACACAGAAAGACAAGGUGAAGUGAAUCCAGGCAGGCAUUCCCAGCUUCCCAGAGUCCCCCCGACGUCCCGCUGGCCUUCACAUCACCAUCAUCACCAUUACUUUCCCCACUACCCCUCCUGGCCAGGUCAAAGGUCAUUUCCUCCUCCAAGGCCUGGUUCUGGGUCCCACCUUGUGCCCACACACCGACCUUGGUCUCUGCCCCACCCCUGGGCUCAUAACCCGGUUGUUACCAACCGACCAGAGAUAACAGCUGAAACAGUAAAGCCCACACCUACUGUUCCUGGAACAACAGGAAACUCCAGAUUUACACACUCUAAACCCCACAUAUCACAUCAUAAUCAGCAUCAAAACCAUCACGUGGAUGUCAGGACCCAAACCAGAGAUCAACUGUUUCUGUUGAGGCUGAGGAACAGAUACAGACAGGUACAGCUUGAUCGCAUCGCUCAGCUAGGGAGGAUAGUGACACCCAAACCUCGCACUAGCUACUACAAUCCUCCAUUCCCCAUCACAUCUAAACCAAACCCAUCGCCACAUAGGCCCUACACACCCAAACCACCAGCACCCACUGCUUCUUACACUUACACCCUGAAACCUGCUAAACCUUCCUCAUCAUCCUUCUCUGGUUUCAUCCCGACCCCUCAUCCUUACCACCCCACCACCCCUGGGGUUGUGUAUGGAGGUCGAUGGCCUGUUGGAGCAGGGCGAAUCAGCUCUCGGCGACCCACAGCUGCGCCUCCUUUCCCAUGGGUGUUGGGAGCUGAAAAUGGUGGGAUGAAACCUCGCAUUACCACAGUAGCCACAGCUAGUGUGUCAGUACUGGCAGAGAGUGAUGUUGUCCUGCCCUGCAAAGCAUCAGGGAAUCCUGAAGCCAACAUUGCAUGGACCAAAGUCUCCACAGGCGCUACAAUCCCAGCAAACACAAAGCUCGGUCCCCGUUUUGAAGUCUUCAAAAAUGGAACUUUUGUCAUUAAAAACAUCCAACUUCAGGAUAGAGGUCAGUACCUCUGCACAGCCCAGAACAGGUUUGGGUCAGAUCGCAUGGUCAUCACGUUAGCUGUCCAGACUGAGGCACCCAAGAUCCAGCCACCUAAGUCAACAGAGAUAGCAGUCUACUUAGGGAAAGGUGUCACUCUUGACUGCUCCGCCUCGGGAAAACCACCUGCACAAAUUUCCUGGAUUCUUCCGGACAGGACAUUUGUACGCGAUGUUGGGACUGUUCAAACUCAACUUUCUCCAAUGUCUCUGCUUCAAAAUGGAACCCUGCAAAUUCACUCUCCUAAUUUCUCCAGCAAAGGGGACUAUAAAUGCAUUGCAAGCAACGCAGCAGGUGCUGAUACAAUUACUUAUCAUCUCCAUGUGGCAGCUCUGCCUCCAAGCAUCAGUGAAGGAGCAAUGGAUACUGUGAUCAUUCCUCCAGGCAGGAGUGUGUAUGUCCACUGCUCCGUGAAGGGUGAACCAAUCCCCACUCUGAAAUGGACGCUUCCAGGUGGUGUCCAUGUUAAGCCAUCACAGUUUCUUGGACGCAGGCUGUUUGUCUUUCCCAAUGGGACGCUGUAUGUGAAGAAUGUUUCACCAGUUGAUGCUGGGAGGUACGAGUGUUUGGCCACGAAUCCUGUGGGCAUGGCCAAAAGAACCGUCCAACUGGAGGUGAGGGCGAAUUCCCCAUCUGUCUCCCACCAGCCUCCUGCUCCUCUUCCCAUCCCUCCAACCCACCGACAUGGUGUGCCAUCCCGCCAGCACUCUGUUUCAGCUAUGUAUGGUUCUGCUGUGUACCUCCACUGUCCGGAGUCUAGCGGAUCCACACGAGGGACCAUCUGGCAGCUACCCUCCAAAACCAUCAUGGAACAUCGAUAUAGUCCAGAGAGACCAAUUAAAGUCUUCCGUAAUGGGACACUAAGGAUACUUCAGCUAACAGAGCUGGAUGGUGGAAGUUAUCUGUGUGUCUUUCAGCGACCCAAUGGAGAGGACAUGGAGCUCUUCCAGGUAGAGGUGUUAAUGACACCUCCCAGAAUCGAACAUGUGAGGACUGCGCAGACGAGGGUCACCUUUGGAGAAAAUUUCCAGGUUGACUGUGUUGCAACAGGUCUCCCUGAUCCAGAGGUUUCCUGGAGUCUACCAGAUGGAACAAUGAUCAACAAUGCUCUUCAAUCAGACGACAGCGGCCUUCGCAACCGCCGCUAUGUUAUUUUUGGCAAUGGAACCUUACUUCUCCAGCAAAUGGGCAAAAAAGAUGAGGGUGACUACACUUGUUUUGCCAAGAACAAACUGGGCAAGGACGAAAGAAAAGUGAGCGUCAAAGUUGGACCGAAUGCUCCAAAAAUUAGAUUUAAAUCACAAACACUGGUGAUCGUAAAGUUAGGAGAAUCAGCUAAGUUGAGUUGUCAGGCAACAGGUGAACCUGCACCAAAAAUCAUGUGGAUCUCACCAAGAAAUGAUGUGAUAUCAAUGUCAUCAGACAAAUUCCAGAUUAUGGAUGAUGGGUUAUUGGUGAAAAAAUUAAGACUGUUUGAUGAAGGGAAAUAUGCAUGUGUGGCACGAAAUUCUGCUGGUGAUGACGUUAAAAAUAUGAAACUUGAAGUUGAACCCCAGGAACCGUUUAUCAAUGGAGUAAAAGGCAAGACCACCACAAAGGCUUUGGCUGUUUCCUACCAAACAGCGCUCCUGGACUGCAGAGUGGAAGGGAAACCAGAACCAAGAGUGUGGUGGGUCACUCCUUAUGGCCAGUCACUCCCAACACCCUACCUAGGUGGACGCUUCCAAGUGCACCGGAAUGGGAGCUUGGAGCUGAGAGGGGUGAGGAAAACAGAUGAAGGGAGGUACAUGUGUCUGGCUAAAAACAAUUUGGGCGACUCUUCACUUUUGGUUGAACUAGACAUUGCAUCAAUAGCAGAGAAACCAAGUUUUGCUGUUCCCAAUAUAGAAAUCUUACCAAUAAAGCAAGACGGUGGGUUAAUAAGCCUGGAGUGCCCUGCUCGUGGCAAGCCAAACCCAGAGUUUGCAUGGGUUCUGCCCAACGGGACGAUGUUAACGCCUGGUGUUAGACUCCAACGCUUCACACAUCAUCUGAGUAAUGGAACGCUACAGAUCUCUCAGCCGGUUCCAAGUGAUAAGGGAGUAUACCGGUGCCUUGCAAAAAAUGUGGCAGGACAAGCAGAGAAACGCUAUGCGCUGGAGGCAGGCAGAAAGCCAGUGAUCAGAGGAUCUACAGGUGGGAUGAAGAUCACUUAUGGCAAUAUUCUCAACUUGCCCUGCACUGUGGAUGGCUGGCCACAGGCAACAAUCACAUGGACCCUACCUAAUGGUCUUGUUUUGGACAAACCUCAAACCAUCAGCCGGAUAUCAUUUUUCGUCAAUGGGACCCUCCAACUCAGGCAGGUCGCCACCUUUGACAAAGGAACAUACACGUGUAAAGCUUCCAACUCUUUUGGCUCGUCAACACUAUCCUACCCAGUUGCAGUGAUGGUUUUCCCACCACGAAUCACCAACACGUUGACCUCAAUAACAAGAGUCAGCCGGGGAUCGCCAGUGAUGUUAAACUGUGUUGCAACUGGCAUUCCCAAGCCGGAUAUUUCAUGGACGUUGCCUGGUCGUACAACGCUGGUUCCACAUAACCGGUUCACAGUGCAGGGAGGGAUUCACAUGACAGAGGAGGGCAGUCUGAUCAUACAGAACCCCGUACUCAUGAACUCUGGCAUUUACAAAUGCAACGCAAAGAACGCACUCGGAACUGACUUUAAAUCCACUUACCUACAAGUGGUCUGAGUGACAGUUGUAAUAAUAAUACUGGGCAAAUCUCACAGCAUUACUGAGACUGGACUGGAGAACAGGAUUUGAAUAUGCUGCAUAAUAAAGAAACUCUGGAGAGAGAUUUGAAAACUGCCUGACUCUUGGCUUGAGAUACCUGGCAUAGCAGUUUCCACUGAACAAUGAAGUUUCAAAUAUUGACAGUUAACACAUUCACCUUUUGUGAUUUUUAACUGUUGUGUUCUGUUUUAUGGUGCAAAUGUUGCGGAAGUCUUUUAAUUCUACGUUUUGUGCUUAAAAAUGCAUUUUCACUUCCGACCUUACCCCAUUUAUGUGAUUUCACAAUCCCCAUACGACAUGAUAAUUUGUAAAAUGUUAUUUUAACCUGACACUGCUUGUUCUGCACCUGAAAUGACUUAAAACUCCUCUCUCUUGCAAUGGAUAUAUCUAAAUGUAACGCCUAAUCCUUAUAUGAGUAUUAUUGUCUAUGUGUUGGUAAAAGUACAAUUUUGGUCUAUAGUGACUUCAUCUGUACGCGGCAAAUAUGCAAUUGCUCACACCACAAAGUAGGCACUUUACCAAACUUUUCCUGUGAACUUUACAGCAGACAACCUUACAAUUCAUCAGCAAGCAGUAAUGAGUAGUGGAGUGAUAUUAAUUCAGCUUAUAAAGUGCCAUAUUGUAGGUAACUGAAUGACUCUUUUCUCGAUACAAAUACAGCUGAUUGCUGCUCUGCAGCGUGUAUCAGAGAAUGAAUUACUGUAUGUAUCAUUGUCAUUUAUUCAUGUUCAUAAUGAGUGUGGAAGGGAUGGCUCAUCGUAGCUUACAGUAGCUAUUAAUGAGUCCUUGUGGGACACUAAUUACAAAAACAAAAGCAAAGGUGCACA